AUGGCGUUCUCUCUUCUUGGGGAAACUCAACUGAAGACUGCUGCAAAUGGAGAGGAGUCCGAUCAUUUGAAGUAUUUGGACCUCAGUUUCAAUUAUUUUGAAAGAAGCCCCAUCCCAGAAUUCAUUGGUUCCUUUAGCAGUUUACAAUACCUCGAUCUUUCAAAUAAUGGUUUUGUGGGUACGAUUCCUAAUCAGUUUGGGAAUCUUUCCGAAUUGCGUUCUCUUGAUUUGGAUUGGAUGGAAGCAACCAAUAAUCUCCCUCUCCUAACGGAAUUGCACUUGAGUGUUUGUCAUCUCCCUGAUAAUGCAUUGGUGCUAUGGAAAGGGAAAGAGAGUGAGUACAAAAAUAAUUUAGCACUAAUAGGAGGCAUUGAUCUUUCUGGCAAUAGAUUAGUUGGAAAAAUUCUUAAAGAAAUCUCGAGUCUUGCAGAAUUAAAUUAUUUGAAUUUAUCGAGAAAUGAAUUGAAUGGACAUGUCAUUCAAAAGAUUGGUGAGUUAAAAAUGCUAGAAUCUAUCGACUUGUCUAGAAAUCAACUUUCUGGUGAGAUUCUUACAAGUAUCACUCGUUUAAAUUUUCUUGCUGUCUUGGAUUUGUCAAAUAACAAGUUGUCCGGGAAAAUUCCAUCAAGCACUCAAUUGCAGACCUUUGAUGCCUCCGCAUAUUCUGGAAAUGAUGAACUUUGCGGGCUUCCACUUCCAAAUAAGUGCCCGGGAGAUGAAACAACUCUGGAACCUUCUGUCGGUAAAGACGAUAUCAUUCAACGAAAUGAUAAUGGGUUCAUAAACCGAGAAUUUUAUGUCAGCAUGGGGCUAGGUUUUGGGGUUGAGUCUUUGGCACUUUAUUGCUCAAACGUUCAUGGGAAAAUGUCAUUUUUAAGUUCUUGA